GUGUCGCGUGAGAAAUCUUCUGAAAGCCCAAAACGCGCCUGCGCCAACGUGAGAAAAAAAGAAGGGGAUAUUAUUUCACCCUUGCCUUGAGAAAGGCUACAUCUGACGAAUAUAACGUGCAAUUUCGAUAAUUCAACUUUUUGUCGUCCCCUUCGGCGCCGUAAAAACGCGAGCGAUCGAUGGUCGCCCCCACCUUGACGCGAUACCGUGAACGCCGAUGACAAUAUUUUAUAAAAACAUCCGGUGAGGGUGGAAACGGUUAUAUCAUUCUACCGGAAAAAACGCAUACGGUGCCUCAAUAUUGUUUUUAACAUGUUGUUGAAUCGCGAGAAGACAGAUUUUGCCGAAAAUCAUUAUUACAGAUUAAAUCAAAUACUUCUGUCGACGGUCGGUCUAUGGCCAUAUCAACGCUCGAAAUUUACGAUAAUUAGUCAUAUCUUCCAUUUUGCUAUAAUGGGGUCUUUCGUGUUUUUUCAGUUAACAUCGUUUCUCACAUUACAAUUCACCCUGGAUCUCUUUAUUAUGGUGCUCUCGUACGCCGUACCGAGUUUCUCAUAUAUCGUACAGUACUGCGCAUUUUGUGUAAAUCGCAACGAUGUGAAGCGAAUUUGGAAAGAUAUACGUGAGAAUUGGAGUCUUUUGAAAGAUGAAACGGAACGCGACAUAAUGCGGCAACAUUCAUCUUUUGGUGAACUAAUGACGAAACUCACAUUAUUGAGUUUCAUCAUAAGUAUGAUUCUGUAUGCAAUCACUGAACUGUUACCGACUAUUCUUGAUUUAAUCUUUCCGAUAAAUCAAACGCGUCCGCAAGAGCUCCACGCUUCGACAGAAUAUUUCAUCGACAAAACAACGUACUUUUAUCCAAUUUUUUGCCACUGGAUAAUUUCCUUGCUUUUCGGUGCCUCUGUUCUUAUAACUACAGGUUUGUUCGAAAUAAUAUACAUCGAAAAUAUUUGCGGAUUAUUAAGAAUCGCCAGCUAUCGGAUUGAACACUCAAUAGACAAAUAUGUAUCGCAUAAUUCUGCACAAAAAGAUUGUGUAGCUUAUCAAGGCAUAAUCACCGCAGUGGAUAUACACCGAAGAGCCCUCGAAUGCAGUGAAUUUAUGGUAAACAGUUUUGUGCCAUAUUUUGUCUUACUAAUUAUAAUCGUCGUUGCAUCUACAAGUUUGAACUUAUUCCGACUGCUCAGAGCAAUAACUUUGCGAAAUAUGUACGAGUUACUUGCAUCAACAUUAUUCGUCGGUUUUCAUUUUAUAAUCAUGUUUAUCAGUAAUUACUAUGGGCAAAAACUUACGGAUUAUAAUAACGAAAUUUUUAAUACUGCAUAUAAUGUAAAAUGGUAUAAGACUCCAAUAAAGAUGCAGAAAUUACUAUUAUUUAUAAUGCAAAGUACUACAACGCCAUAUGUUAUAAAUAUUGGUAACUUACUUUCCGCUUCAGUCGAAGGUUUUUCUAAGCUCAUAAACUUGUCAAUGUCUUAUUUCAUGGUAAUUUAUACUCUACUAUAACAAAAAGUAGACAUCACGAGUGAUUUUGCUCUAUAGUUAGAAAUAAUAUGUAGCUGAUAAAAGAUGCAAAAUAAAAAUUUGCACAUAAAGAAACACUAAUUAUUGAAAUUUAUAAGUAAAUCGUUAUCUUAUUUUACGAUAUCAAAAAACAUGGCAGUAUCUCACGCCAAGUAUUAAACGCGCUAAGUACACGAGGAGCGGAUGUUUUAUUCUACAUGAUGAUAAAAAAGAUUAAUUAUAAAAUAUAUGUAAUAUGUGAAUAUAUAUUUGUAACAAAAACUCUAACACUGACGCAAA